CUACCAGUGUUUUCGAUCAAGCUUCUCUCUCCUCUGUCUCUCCCUGUUUGUGUCUGUGAAGGGGUGUUCUGAGAUCACACUGAACAAUGGUGAAGGCUGUUGCCGUUCUGAAUAGCAGUGAGGGUGUCUGUGGCACCAUCUACUUUACCCAAGAAGGAGGAGAUGGUCCGACUGCUGUGACUGGAAGUAUCUCUGGUCUUAAACCUGGUCAGCAUGGCUUCCAUGUUCAUGCUCUUGGUGACACAACAAAUGGUUGCAUGUCAACUGGACCUCAUUUUAAUCCUGCUGGCAAGGUGCAUGGUGCUCCAGAAGAUGAGCACCGUCAUGCUGGUGACCUAGGAAAUAUCACUGCUGGUGCAGAUGGUACUGUCACUCUCAACAUUUCUGAUAGUCAGAUUCCUCUGAGUGGACCAAAUUCAAUAGUUGGAAGGGCUGUUGUUGUCCAUGCUGAUCCUGAUGACCUUGGAAAAGGUGGACAUGAACUCAGCAAAACCACUGGAAACGCUGGUGGCAGAAUAGCCUGUGGUAUUAUUGGUCUUCAGGGUUAAUGAAUGGAUUGUGAGUUGUGACUGUGUCUCGGUUUAGAUGCUUGACCCAUGAAAAUAUCUGCUUAUGCCAUUUGAUAUA